AUGCAGUUAAUCCGUCAUAUCGAAAAACAUGAGGACUUCUUCCUCCCUAGCCCCCAUGACCUUGCUUUAGGCAUCCACGACAAGCUCUACGGUAAGGACAGCCCUUUAGCCUUUUCAGAGGUCGAAGUCAGUUUUCCUGCAACAGAGAUUCAGCAGGGAAUUCUCAGCGAAGAUGUCCAAUGGGCGGAAGUUGAACUUUUUGCCGGGAAGCCAUCUUCCUUUGGACUCGAGAACAUCUUCAAUGCUUGGAACUCUCUAGCCUCACACCGCCAACCGCAGGUCGUAGUUCUCCGCAGGGUCGAGCGCAUCCGAUGGGACCAUUCUGACAAGAGUCCGGAUGAAGACAGUCAGACUCCAGCUUAUGUGACUGUUGAAAGCACUCGCGGACGGGAUGGCAUCAGCCUGGUACUUCACUUUCAUCGUGCUCUGAUUGAUACAACGUCUUUGCACAUGAUCAAGCUCGACUACGCUCUUCAAGUCCAUGGACUACCCAGCCUCGAGACUGCCGGACAUGGUGUCAGCGCUGUUAUCAGUGGGCCAGAGUUAGCGCAACUCAAUGAUCUUGAAGCUCACCACGGCCUGGGCUCUUGGCGACAGACAUUCUUCGAGAUCGUUUGGGCACAUGUGAUCAGCACUCAUACCGGCUCUAACGAUGUUGUUUUCGGUACGGUCCGCCGGGACGAGAGCUUCAUCGGCUCAAACACCUGCGUUGGGUGUGUUGAUCAAACAUAUCCUAUCCGCUUCCAUGUCGAGAGCGAAGAGGGUUUGGCUAUUAGUGGUGCCUCCAAGACUCUCGAUUUAUAUCAUAGCCAAGCUGGUCGCCAUGCCUUUAUAGGACUCGAAGAGAUCCAGCAUCACGCCCCAAGCCUCCGUUUAGUCGAGACAGCUGUCAGUUAUAGCCAAACGACGAACACGCCAUGCAUCGCUCCCGGGCUACGGAAAUUCCCCGUCGUUCUAUGUAUCAGCGACAGCGGGGUACUGAGACUCACUCUUAAGUGCAAGCCCUAUGUUCCUCUUGAAGAGGUUGAGGUUGUGCUGCAGCACUUCGUCGCCGGCAUCGUCAGUGCCGCGACCAAAUUGAAGCUUGCAGACGAAUGCAAGCUCUUAGCCUCUGAUCUUACGUCUGAAGAUGAACAGCGGUUCAUCAUGUCGCAGUCCUUGUCAACGCGCAAUGCCGAGCCUACAACUAUACCUCAUCUGUUUGAGAGGACCGUCGCUGCAUUUCCUGAGAGAAUCGCAGUUGAAUCAGAAGGCAGAGCACCUGUCACAUUUCUUGAGCUCAACAGCCAAGCCAAUUUGCUCGCAAGAAGACUCAGGCUGGAAAAGGGAUCGUUCGUGCCCAUUCUUGCCGAGAGGUCUGUGGAGCUUGUCAUCGCAGUCCUGGCCGUGCUCAAAUCUGGGGCAGCUUACACGAUUCUCGAUCCCAACACUCCAUCCAACCGCCUCGAGCGCAUCUUAGAGGAUCUCAGACCCGCCACUGUAUUGGCUAGUCAUCAGUCUGUCAACAUACUCUCCAACACCUUAGAAAUUGAGCACAUUCUCUCUUCUCCAGGAGACAAUCUGGCCGUUUCUUCGUCUGAUGAGCUGGGCAACCUUGGCAUUGACAUCCGCCCGGAAGACCGUUGCUAUGUGAUCUACACCUCUGGCAGCACAGGCAAACCCAAGGGUGCCGUUCUCACACAUCGCGCAGCUACGAGCGGCAUGUCCUACCAAUCUAUGAACGGGCUUGAACGGUGGCUUCUAUUCUACAAUCCUAGCUUCAGCGCCGCUCAGCGUACCAUUUUGGGGACGCUUGUCCAUGGAGCGACCCUGGUCCUUGCUAGCAAGGAGUCUCUGAACAGUGACCUUGCUGAUGUCAUCAACAGGUUCUCAGUCGACUCCCUCGGUAUCACCCCGUCCGCUCUGUCCCUUUUACAGCCUGAUGAGGUGCCUAGUCUCAAGCAAAUCACACUAGUUGGUGAGCAGAUCUCGCGAGAUCUCGUUGAGAUCUGGUCAGCACAGAAGGGCCUACGUCUGAGGAAUACCUAUGGGCUUAGCGAGUGUACCCAGCUCAAUUUUGGAAAGGAGCUCCAACUGUCACCUGGAGGACCUUUCAAUCGUCGCUUAGUCGGCUCUCCGGCCGAUACUACAGAUGUAUUCGUUCUAGAUCAAGAUGGUGAACAACUUGCGCCUCUGCUUGUCGCGGGCGAGCUUUGUCUAGCUGGCCCACAGCUCGCUGAAGGCUACCUCAACGAGACAGCGCUCACAGCGCGCGCCUUUGUCGACAACCCAUUUGGUAUCGGCAAGCUUUACCGAACCGGUGACAAAGCCCGUCGACUUGCUGAUGGUCAAAUUGAGAUCUUAGGACGGGCGGACAUGCAAGUCAAGGUCAAUGGCCAGAAGGUCGAGCCCGCAGAGAUCGACCGGCUAUUGCGCUUUGUUGAUACUAUUACCUCAUCCGUUACUCUAGGCAUCAGUCUGAAUGAUCGCAAAGUCCUGGCUUCAGCUCUCGUCCUUGCAGGCGACGCCAUCUUCAAAACUUCGGUGGUUUCUGCCAGGGAGCUCUUGCAUCAGAGUUUGCCUGCGUACAUGAUGCCCAGCAUCUGGUUUCCCGUCGAGAAGGUUCCCAAGAAUGCCAAUGGGAAGAUUGAUUAUGCUUUCCUUCGCAACUCAGCCGAAGAGCUGGGGGCCACUGGGUUUGCUAGGCUCAUGGAGACUGGCGACAGCGACGACGAUGUGGUAGACGGCGCUUCCAACAAUGCAGAGAUUGCCAUCGCAUCGGCUUGGUCAAGCGUUCUGAAGAUUGAACAAUCAGCCAUCAAGCGAUCUCACUCAUUCACAGACUUGGGCGGAUCAUCCAUUGAAGCUAUCAAGGUUGUCUCUGAGCUACGCAAAGCUGGCUUCUCUGUCGAGUUGAGUGAGCUUCUCGAGGGAGCAUCCCUUGAAAUUGUGGCAGCUCAGUCACAGGCAUUCAGUGCCGAGACCCAGGAAGAGCCUGGACCAUUCGCCCUCAUUGCCGACCUGGGGCUUGCUUCCGACUUGCAACGUGAUGUCAACAUCGUUGACGCUUAUCCUGCUACGCCAUUCCAGGAGACUAUGUUGUCCAGUUUGAACGCGCCAUCCGACCCAUAUACCUACUCACGGACUUGGGAUGUUGCUGCGGUCGAUCUUCAGAAGUUGCGAGCAAGUUUUGACCAAAUAUUCCGUUCUCGGGACGUCUUUCGCACGGUUUUUCUGCCGCACAAACGAUCCUUCCUGCAGACCAUCCGCCAGGAUCUUUCACUUCCUUGGUACGAGUCUUCAGAGACACUGGAGUCCUUCAUUUCGAAGGAAAAGACUCGCCAGUGGGAACUGGAUGCUCCUCUAUGGAAGGUCACUGUUCUUUCUGGAUACAUCCUGGUGGUCACAAUGCACCACUCACUCUUCGAUUACUGGUCUCACAAGUUUCUUUACGAAGAUGUGGCAACAGUCUAUCUGGGCAAAUCUCUUACGGACCGGCCAGCCUUGGGCAACUUCGUCAAAUAUUUGCAAUCCCAAGACAGCGCCGCCAGUCAGAGAUUUUGGUCUGAAUACCUCGAGGGAGCGCAGACCACGAGGUUGAAUCACUCCCCGGGCGAGAAGAUUAGCAAGGUCGAAGUUGAACUAGAUUUCAGCAUCAGCCAGCAAUCUCGACGGAUCGGCUCUACACUUGGCGCAGUUGUCUAUGGGGCCUGGGCUAUCUUACUUUCCCAUCACCUAAGGAGCGACGAUGUCACAUUUGCAACUACCGUCUCUGGAAGAGAGAUUCCCGUGGCUGACAUGAAUGACAUCGACGGCCCGACUAUGACCUCGGUGCCCCAACGCAUCAAAGUAGAUCCCAAUUCCACCAUCAGAAAUCACUUGAAAGGGACUUUGUCAGGGUUCGCGCAACUCCUCAGACAUUCACAACUUGGUGUUGUUGGCGUUUUGCGUGCUGGAAAUCUUCCCAGCCAGGCUUUUGACACACUCGUCAACAUUCUGGUCAGCCAGAGCGAUGCGGGAGGUGCUUCUAAGCAAAACGCUGACGAAGUCUUCCGUGUACAUGGUCAUCGACCUCAAUGGGCGUCCGGUUCUGACACCACUGUCCUUGAAGUAGAGGAAGCAACUGCUACAACCGUUAUUCGUUUGGCCAGUACGAUGGAACCUCGGAGGCUUCACUUCAUCAAAGACUCGUUUGUCCACAUCAUCAAUGUCCUGCUGGGCCAACCAGACACGAAGCUUGCGUCGGUUUCGGUCAUGAAUCAUGUAGAGACUGGCUAUGUCUCCAACACGCUCUCCAACCGCACAAAUCUUCGAGUUCCCGAAGCAGAACUUCUUCACAGUGCAUUCGAGAGGAUCGCUACCAGCACCCCAGACGCUAUUGCCAUCGACUUUGACGGGAAGGAGAUCGUGUCGUAUGCACUUCUCGAUAGGCUUUCGAAUCGAUUCGCUCAUACUCUCAUUGCUCAUGGCGUCUCUCCGGGAGACCUGGUGCCUCUGAUGCUUGAAAAGUCAGUCGACAUGGUGGUUGCCAUCCUAGGCGUCAUGAAGGCGGGAGGAGCGUAUGUUCCUCUAAGUCCGGAUAAUCCGAACGAGAGGAACGGCUUUGUGGUAUCCGAUACAAGAGCUAAGCUUCUCGUGGCCCAUCCGCAGCAUGCUGGAUUCGGGAUCUAUGUCAAGCAGCUCUACGGCAUCGAGACACUGGCCAUGCCUAGUCACGGAACGCUUGGUACUGUCUCGAGCGAUGGAUCCGAUACCAACCUUGCGCCAAUGUCACGCACAACACCCGACAAUCUUGCUUACAUGAUCUACACCUCUGGCAGCACUGGCAUGCCCAAGGGCGUCAUGGUACCUCACCGAGCGGCCGCGGCUGCAGUCACCAGCAUGGCACAGGUGGAAGGCCGGUUCGAGGGCACCUGGCGGGUUCUGCAGUUCGCCAACUACGUCUUCGACGCAUCGGUCCAAGACUUCUUCAACACGCUCAGCACUGGGGGAACACUCUGUAUGGCGCCCACCGAAACUUUGCUUUCCGAUAUUGCUGGAUGUAUCAACCGGAUGGAUGUGAGGCAGGCAAUCAUCACGCCAACGGUCGCGAAGCUCUUCAGUCCAAAUGAUGUACCAGGCUUCGAGACUCUGAUCGUGGGUGGUGAGCCUCUGACACCAGAUGUCGUUGAUGUUUGGAGCCCUCACUGCAAGAUCUUGAACGUUUACGGUCCAACGGAGACAUCCAUGGUAGUGACGACCAAGAGCAUCGAGUCGUCAUCAGGUGCCACGAGUCAACGCAUUGGCAACAUUGGCGCUCCUUUCUCAACUGUCAUGGCCUUCAUCUUGAGGCCAGAUGGUGAGACGUUGGUACCGUACGGCGCUGUUGGCGAGCUCUGCAUCGCAGGACCCCAGGUUACAGACGGCUACAUGAACAGAUUGGAUUUGACAGAAGCCGCCUAUAUCGACAGCAACUCUCUUGGUGCGCGCAUCUAUCGUACAGGGGACCUGGCUCGCUGGCUUCCAGGGGGUGAGAUCGAGUGUCUCGGACGAAAAGACAAUCAAGUCAAGGUCCAUGGCCAUCGUAUCGAACUCGGAGAGGUCGAAAACUCCAUUCGCCGUUCUGGGCUCGUUAAAGACACAGUGGCUUUGGCUGCUAACUUUCAAAGCAAGGCUCAUCUUAUCGCAUUCUGCAUCUUUGACGAAGCUUUUGCAGCCAUUGGUCCAACUGGUGUUCAAGAUCCUUCAACCUUCCGAGGCUCUCUUGCUGAACUGCGGAAGAAUCUGAGUUCACUGGCGACGUACAUGGUUCCGAAGUUCAUUGUUCCAAUCAACGCUUUCCCCAAGCUGCCCUCGCGCAAAGUCGACCGCAAGGCGCUGAAAGUGCUGGCCACCGAGCUCAACCGGGAAUACUUGGCGAAAUGCGUGCUGGAGACUCCUGACGAGAAUCACCAAGUUGUCCCUGUCCAAACACCCUCAGAAGAGAUUCUGGAGCUCGUCUGGGCUGAUAUCUUCAGCAUCCCGCAAAAUGAGAUUGGACGUGAGGCGAACUUCUUCACGCUUGGAGGUGAUUCGAUUUCCGCUAUCAGCCUCACGGGUCAAUUGCGACGAGUAGGCUACUCGCUGACGGUGCUUGAUAUCCUCAAGACCCCCAAAUUGAAGGACAUGGCAUCCACUCUGCGCAAAAUAGAAGCACGCGGUGAGGUGGUUGAGCGCUCCUUCGAAAUCCCUCCGUCAAUCAAGGUAGCUGCCCAAGAAGUUGGAAUAGCAUGGGAUACAGAUGUCGAUCAUGUGUACCCAUGCCCUCCCGGUCAAGCCGAGUUCCUCAAACAGGGCAGCCGAGAGUCGCAAAUGUGGGCGCUGCAGACUGUCCGGCGUAUGACGGCGGACGUUGAUCCGGAUACAUGGAUUGAAACAACGACUCGACUCACUGACCUUAAUGAAAUCCUGCGGACGACUUGGAUCGAUACUCCCGAAGCUGGCUGGGUCGGAGUUGUUCUUCAUGGCUCCGAGCUGAAUGUUACCAAGAUCGCCCUGAACUCCGAGUCAGAGUCUUCGAGCUUCAUUGAAGAGUUUUGGCAGGCUCGGUUUGAGUUUGGUCGUCCCUUCAUCAAGUAUGCUGCCAUAAUCCGCAGCGAUUCAUCUUGGGAUCUCGUCAUCAAGAUGGAUCACGCCGUUUACGACGGCACUUUGCUUCGCGUGUUCGAUGAACACUUUGGCGCCAUUCUUCGGGGCGAGAGCGUACCGCCGCCGGUAGAGUUCCGCGACUUCUCUCAACAUGUCUUUGCAGAAGACAAGACAGCUAGCCUCGGGUACUGGAAGGCGAAGAUGGAUGGGCUAGGGCCCCUCGACCAGCAGCUGCAUGGCCGAGAUCUUGCCGCGGCCCCAUCGCCAAAGGUGACAGCCAGCUUGCGGAGGGAGAUUGUGACGACAGACAUCGACCAAGCAGCUUCUCGCCUUGGAAUCACUCCGAGCGUCAUCUUCCAAGGAGCAUUCUCCCUUUGGCUUGCUGCAGCGACCGAGGCCACGGAUAUCUGCUUUGAUUAUUUGCUGAGCGGUCGCAACGUAGCGCUGCCUGAUCCUCAGUCUAUCAACGGAACGCUGGCCAACUUUUUGCCAUUCCGAACGCCCGUUGUUCCGAAGGAAUUGGUGCAUGACUUCCUCGCGAAGCUACAAGACGACUUCUGGGACGUGACCGAGAACGGCCUCGUCGGCCUCGACGAUAUUUACAGUAUUGCUGGUCUAUCCCGCGAGACACACGGCAAUCGCAUCUUGUUUCUCUCUCAACCGUUCGAGCCGGCAGCUAAGGACGACCCGAAUGGCCGCUACCGAUGGCUUGUCAUGGCGAAAUCGAAGGUGCUCAUGUACCAGCCAUACGCGCUGGUCGUCGAGGUGUCCAAGUCACUGGGUGAUCGUCAUAUAUUGAAGGUCAUGUAUGACGACACCAUCUUGGAUCUAGUAGUGGCGGAAAGUAUUGCAGAUUGUAUAGUUGCUUUGGUCGAGGUUCUAACGGAUGCCAACACAGCGAACCUGGCGCUUGAAGAGUUGUGA